AUGGUUAGUGAUGAGAAUUUUGUAGCUCUUGUGUACAAUAGAGGGUCAAUUAAGAAAAAAACGCGAUCAGAUAUUAAGUUUACUAAUAAGGACCCACUGAGUGUUUUUCUCAAACCUUCGACGAGUUUUACUGAGUUUAAGAAUACUAUGCUCCAGAAGCUAGGUCUGCUCGGCGUUAAACGGGUGGAGAAGUUGUUCUAUAGGAUCCCGAUAUCCGUGUUACACGAUGAUGUUAAGUAUGAUUCAUUUGUUAUUAGUAGUGAUGAGGAUUUUUCUGGAGGUUCGAAUUGGAAUCCUCAAUCCUUAAGACAUCUAGCCUGCUCUAAUUCCAUGCCUAUUGGUGCCUCGUCGGUUGCGCCGAUCGUUGCACCCGAGGCAGUUGUAGUUGCUUCUCCUUCCUUUGCAUUUAAUCUGAACCGCAGUGGUGAUGCCGGAGUUAGUGAGACUGGACCGUCGGGGGAGGUAGCAUUUGCGACGCCAGGUUCUUCUGCAGUGGUCCCGGUCUUCGGAGAUGUUGGAGUACCUGAUGGGGUAGAGGAUGCACUGCAUGAUGACGGUGAUGUGGAGCCCGCCAUAAUAGCGAACGAUAGUGAUGAUGACACACCACGGCUGAAUCCAGUUGUGGGUGGGGGAGCAUCUAGUUCGGAUAAAGAAGAAGUCGUGUUAAGCGUGAAAACUUAUAGCAUUUGCCGUGGAAUUGAGUACAAGGUAUUAGAAUCUGAUCAUCGCAAGUACUAUGGCAAGUGCAAAGAGUUCGGCAGCGGGUGCACAUGGCUCAUUCGAGUUAGCCUCCGUCAGCGCAGAGGUAUUUGGGAGGUAAAACGAUACAAUAUUCCUCACACUUGUCUAGCCACAUCGAUAUCUAGUGAUCACAGGAAGCUUGAUUAUCAUAUCAUAUCGGCCUUCAUACUGCCCAUGAUUCAAGGUACUGCAGAAUGCCACGGAGGCACACUUCGGGUUCAGAUCGACUUACAGGAGGGUUUGGAUGGCUAA